ACGUCAACCUCUUUCUCUCUCUCUCUCUCUCUCUCUCUCUCUCUCUCUCUCACUCACUCAUAAGGGGGCCACGUCGCUGCUAGGGCUUCUCUAAAAUGUAUGUGAUAUGUCAUGCAAUAGAUGGAGCCUGCGAUUCAAUCGAAUGUCAACGGCGUGGAGACAUGCGCGAUGGAGACCCAGGACAUUGUCAAAGGUAUUGCAGUUGUCAGCAACGAAGGGAUAUCGGCCGGAGCAAACACCACAGACUGUGCAGUGGUCCUUGCGGCAAUUUGUGAGCAGACUGCAGACAUGAUGACGGAUGGUGAGGCCAGUGAGAAUGAUGCAGGGUGUGUUGUUGCAGACGAGAAUGUGGUCAGGAUGUCAGCAGGAACUCUCUUCCCCUAUGACAUCAAUUGGGUCCCUGGUCGUCUUCAACUGGGUAUCGUCGGAGGAGCGCCGUGCUUCGCGUUCAAAGUCAAUGGGGAAUGGGUUCCAUAUCCCGCCCCCAAAGCGACGUCGUGGAGGGGCGUGACUCUGUCAAUCAUCUUCGACAGAGUGCUGAGGUUGAACGAUGAGAGAGAAGAGGUCGAAAGACAAAACUUGUGCAUCAUGUCGAUGUCGGUAGCAAAGGUGGCGAAGGCUUUCACAGAGGUGAUGAAGUAUGCAGAGGAGGGCUUCCACUACAACGGCCAUGACGAGUUGUCUUUGUUGGAGGAGAGGGUGCCGGGGUACUUUGCUGUUAGCGUGGAUAUGAGAUCCACGAUUAUGGCCGACGGCAGUGGUUGUGUGCAGGCACGAACACUCUUGGACCGAUUGAGAUACGAAGGCAUGUGCGACGAAGGACUUGUCGACAUGACAAUGCAGCAGAAAGGGGGGACCUAUACACCUGUGGCUUUAAGGAAGUUUAUGGAAAUGGACAGCGGUCCACGGGUGUGCGACUGCGGCAGACCUUUCAUGUCCUUACGGACUUUAAACUCGCAUCGUGCAAGGGCAUGCCCCGCCGUGGCGGAUGAGGGGGCGCAAAGGCAGGAGAAUGAUGCUGCCCACGACCCAGGACCAUCCAACAUAGGCGCAGCCAAUCUCGCUGGUGAUGAGAGCGAGGAGGCGGGGGCGGAGGACGACGCGAAUGGGGCAGCCGGUGAUAACGCAGAGCCGACAGCGCAACCCGUCGAGCCUUUUGACAGCUCGCGCAGGCUAGCAGCGCUUAUUUUCACCGCCAGGGGCGGCGUCGGUAUGUCACAUACGGACGUUGAUGCUCUCUUGUCACUUCUCAAAGACCCGAGAUUCAGCGCGACGGACAUUGCGUACCGCAACAGUCGAGAGUGCUUCGCAUGGGCGGGCAGUCUAAAAGAGGCCGCUGGGUGGAAGGAGUUGGAUCUGCGUAAAGACGACUGGCCUCGAGAAGCGCACGCCGUCUUGUGGCACUGCGAUUGGCGAACUGCAUUCUUAUCGAUAAUGCACGUCGCGUUGCAGAAAUGCGAGACGUCCACCGCAUUCAGGAAGCGAAAGGCCGUCAUCUUCCAUAAGGCCCUUUCGACGGUCUUGCAAGCUGCGAAGGAGGCAUCGCACGACGGCAUCACGAUAUCGUCGACGCGAUUCGGGGACGUGACUGUCCACCCUUUCCUCCUCAACUAUAUACAGGACUACCCAGAGCGAUGUGCGCUGGCGAAUGUGAAGUUUGGUGUAUGCCCUACAUGCACCGUGUCGAAAACGAACCUCGAUGUCGUGGCCGAUUUUACGGACAGCAGGAGAUCCCAGACGCUGGAAACUCAACUCGCAACAGCUGUGUUCACGGUGGAUGACGAUGACGUGCGCCGUGCGGCGGAAGGGCGAAUGGCAGAGUUGGACAUGCAUAGGCAUGUUGAACAGAACGGUAUUUGGGGGUUCUACAGGGGGCCGAGUGGCGAUGAUCCUCAGCUAGACUACCACCUCGCAUUGCAACCACACCGUAUGCACACGAUCGAACACGGCAUAUUCCUGCACAUGAUCGACGCAUUCAGGGCGGCAGCCUUUGAGAAGUUGCCGAAAACACCGCAAACAGAGAUCCUGAAGAAACUCGAUGCGAGAUUGCAAUGCGUUAUGGAGACAAUCGAUAUUAGAGGGUCUGACGACAGGCACAGCGGACCCCAAGUGGAAGAAGAGGAGGAACACGACCGUUCCACGCCAGAGAAGUCAGAUGGUGCGGAGGACGAGGAGCCAGAAAACGAGGGAGACGACAACGAUUCUUCCCGCAGACAAUCGCACGACACCGAUGAGGAUGACGACAGCGACGGCAAGUCGGCCAGCGAGAGAACCGGCGAAGACCAGAGCGCCGCUUCGGAAAGAGGUGGUUUGCCAUUUCCUUCGAGGACGCUGUGCAGAGAAGGAGAACGGCAGGCACGCAAUGGCAGUGACACCGAGGAGCGUGUCGGUGACAGACAAAUCGUACAGCACGUCAGCGCCGCCGGAAAAGAGGACGCGUUUUUCGUGGCGGUGCAAGCUACGGCGAAACUGGCAGGGGAGACAGCAGAGGAAGGGCUGCGGUCUCACAUAGCGGAGUGCGGGAUUCAAGCUGUCAUAGGGGAAUGCAACAGAAUGAUGACGACGAUCCGCGGAGAGAUUACAUGGCAGCUGAAACAUUGGUUUUGGGCUGAAAAAGGGAUUCCGCUCGUCGGAACGCAGCAAACGGACCACCACCUCCCCGCUCGCAACAAGAUGCGCACCGAGAUGAAGAAGAACAAGACGUGGAGACGGAGCGGCGACGAUCAGUGGGGCGCCCCCGCCUUCAAGACGGCACUCUUAAAAGUUUUUCAGAUGAGGAAGGAAGGCCGGAACCUGGGCGUCACCCUGCAGCAACUGGCUUUUGCGGAGAUGGUCAUUCAAUGUGAGAUAGAACAGACAACGAAGACGACACAAGCUGCGGAGCAGAUAGAAAAAUUGGUAUCUAUAAAGCAGGCAAUCGUCUCAUCUCUCCGUAGCCGAGACACGGUAAUGAGUUUUUCCGUCUUCAAACUGGACCGUUCCGUAUCCGUGGUUGAGAAGGCAGCAACGCUCUUUCGCUCUGGCACACUGUCUGUCCACAGGCCUGGGCCUCCAAGCACCACAAUAACGGAUGACGAUUACGACAUCGAGUUUAUUCUCCCUCAGAGUACAGCAGCCGGAGACGGGGACAGGCGCACCGACAGUCUGUGCGCCGCACCCUGAACAACGAGGGACAGUUUGGCGACAUUUCGACAUGGAAGGGAGGAUGCGGGGCAAUGGCCAAACGGUGGAACGAAAGGUUAUUUUUUUAAACGUUUCGAACCAGGAGAUGCAAAAUCGAAGGCCACAGUCGGUGCAGGAUAUAUAUAUAUAUAUAUAUAUAUAUAUAAAGAGAGAGAGAGAGAGAGAGAGAGAGAGAAAGAAAGAUAUGAAGACCUUCUGUUUUGCAGAAGAGAGAGAGAGAGCGAGUGCUUGCACGCACAAG